AUGAAGAGCCUGAGGAGAGAUGUCUCCUCCAAUCCACAAGCCGCCAAUGUCGCCAGCAAAGUUUUCGUGCGAUCAACUAAAAGCGGCAAAGUUCAGAAGAUCGUUCGAGAGCUCUAUUUGAGACAGGAUAUUCCUUGCUCGUCAAAGUUAUGCUCGUCCUGUCCUUCGGUCGCCCCAGCCGAUGCCAAUGGAAACAUUGCUCCGUUCGUCCUGUCUGAUCGGCCUGCCGGCACCAAAGCCUUUCCCCGCGGUCAUUAUCUCGUCCCCGAUACGAAUGCGCUUUUGAAUGGAAUGGACCUGUUCGAACACACUGGCGCCUUCUACGAUGUCAUAAUCCUCCAAACGGUCCUUGAAGAGCUCCGAAAUCAGUCACUACCUCUUUAUAAUCGCCUCUUGUCGCUAAUCAAGACAGACGAGAAGCGAUUCUACCUCUUCUUCAACGAAUUCCGCCUCGAGACUCAUAUCAGACGAGGUCCUGAAGAAUCCAUCAACGACAGAAACGAUCGCGCCGUACGUAAAGUCGCAAGCUGGUACGAGGAACAUCUUCGCCUUUCGACCAAAAGGGGCAAGAAAGAAAGCUCACUGCCGGCGAUUGUUGUCAUUACCGACGACAAAGGCAACCUCAGGAAAGCAAAAGAAGAAAACGUGACAGCGCUCUCUCUUUCGGACUAUGUCGCUGGGCUCGAAAAUUCCGAGAAGCUGCUGGACAUGAUCAGCGAAGCGCGAGAGGCUCGGGACACCAAGGGCUCUGCUCGCGGGGAAUUAUUCUACCCGGAAUAUUACUCCAUGUCUAGGUUGAUGACCGGGCUUAGAGCCGGGACGUUGCAUCAAGGAGUUUUCAAUGUGUCCCCAUACAACUAUCUCGAGGGAUCCAUCAAGGUUCCUGCGUUUGACAAGCCUCUUUUGAUUUUGGGUCGCGAUAACAGCAAUCGUGCCAUUGCUGGCGACGUGGUUGUCAUUGAGUUGUUACCCAAGGAUCAAUGGAAGUCUCCAUCCACCAAAAUUGUCGACGAGGAAGCCGUGACGAAGAACGACAACCCAGAUACAGAUGAAAUAGAAGCUGUUGUGACGGACAGGGAGCGCAAGGCUCUGCAGGAGGAGGCGAAACAGGCCCACGGAAAGAACUCAGAGGGCAAGCCGCAGCCGACCGCCAAAGUAGUUGGUAUCAUCAAGCGCAACUGGCGCCAGUAUGUUGGACAUGUUGACUCGAACUCAACAGCCUCGCACUCUGGCAGGAGACAGCAAACAGUCUUUGUCCUUCCUAUGGAAAAGAGAGUUCCGAAGAUCAGAGUGCGCACGAGACAGGCCAGCGAUCUGAUCGGUCAGCGCAUUCUUGUCACCAUUGACUCCUGGGACCGCGAUUCUCGGUACCCCACUGGUCACUACAUCCGUUCGCUAGGUGAGCUGGAGACCAAGGGCGCAGAGACUGAGGCUCUCCUGUUGGAGUAUGACGUCCAGUACAAGCCUUUCCCUAAAUCUGUCUUGGACUGCUUGCCUGCCGAGGGGCACGACUGGAAGGUACCCGUCUCCAAAGAUGAUAAGGGCUGGAAUGGUCGACGUGAUUUGCGUGAUCUUCUCAUCUGCAGUAUUGAUCCUCCCGGUUGUCAAGAUAUUGACGAUGCGCUGCACGCGCGUGCCCUUCCUAACGGCAACUUUGAGGUCGGCGUUCACAUUGCCGACGUAUCCCACUUUGUGAAACCCAACAACCCCAUGGAUCUUGAGGCCAGCGUUCGUGGCUCUACUGUGUAUCUGGUUGAUAAGCGCAUUGACAUGCUUCCACAUCUUCUUGGCACAGAUCUGUGCUCAUUGAAGCCAUACGUGGAGCGAUAUGCUUUUUCAGUCAUUUGGGAAGUGACACCAAAUGCCGAGAUUGUAUCUUCCACCUUCACCAAGUCGGUGAUUCGCUCGCGUGAAGCAUUUAGUUAUGAGCAGGCUCAGCUGCGUAUUGACGACCCGUCGCAAAAGGAUGAGCUGACGGAGAGCAUGCGCCAUCUUUUGCGUUUUUCGAAGAUUUUGCGACAGAAGCGAUACGAUGCCGGCGCUUUGAACUUGGCCUCACCCGAGGUUCGAAUUGAGACUGGCGACGAAGCGGGCGAUCCUCUCACCGAUGUCAAGACCAAAGCCAUGUUGGAAACCAACAGCCUGGUCGAAGAAUUCAUGCUUCUCGCAAACAUCACGGUAGCCACGAAAAUUUACGAGUCAUUCUCUCAGACAGCUCUCCUGCGUCGUCACGCGACUCCGCCUCCCCAGAACUUUGAAGAUCUGAUUCACCAGCUAUCAAAGAAGCGGGGCAUGGAACUCGAUGUCUCCAGCUCUGGUGCACUGGCCAGUUCGCUUGAUCGCUGUGUGGACCCAGAGAACCCAUUCUUCAACACCCUUGUCCGUAUUUUGGCCACUCGUUGCAUGACGUCCGCCGAAUACUUCUGUGCGGGCGCGCAUGCCGAGUCUGAAUUCCGUCACUACGGUCUUGCAUCUCCAAUUUACACCCACUUCACCUCCCCGAUUCGUCGAUAUGCCGAUCUUAUAGUCCAUCGACAGCUGGCCUCCGCCAUUGGAUACGAGGGCGAGGAUGGUGCGGCCGUCAAUGAAGGUGUCAGCACCCGCGGCAAGCUCGAGGAUAUCUGCCGCAACAUCAACUAUCGUCACCGCAACGCCCAGUUUGCUGGCCGCGCCAGUAUCGAAUACUAUGUUGGCCAGGCACUCAAGGCUCGUGGCGAGAAGUUGGCUGCAGGUGGUACCGAUACGGGCAUCGACGAGGAGGGCUACGUGAUGCGUGUGUUUGAGAACGGUGCAGUGGUCUUCGUUCCUCGAUUUGGCAUCGAAGGUGUGGUCCGCCUCGAGGACUUUGUGUUGCCCGGUGAGUCGGGCGCAUUUGCAGUUGCCGAGCGAAGGGAGCUGGCCAUUCACCGCACGACGGACUUUGACAGCGAGGAAUACACGCUUCGUGUGUCUGAGAAGACCCAUUCUGAGAAGGAAAGGAGUGUACAGGUGGAGCUUUUCCAGAAGGUCAAGGUCAAUGUUAGUUCGGUCAAGGAAGUGGGUCGUGGUGCUGGCAAGCGCCGGGUCCGCGUCUUGAUUACCGGGUCAUGA